UGCUGCAAAUUAGAUUGACGCUUCUUUGAACGAUGGUAGCAGACCUGGAGACCUUACCUUCGACUCUCUACCUCCCUCGACUCCACCAGGUCCCCGUCCACCCCCAGCUUCCUGCACCAAUUCGCGAAAACGACCCCGAUCUUUCCCUCGCAAAGUCCAGAUCUAGCUGUGCUAUUGAUCCUCGGCCUUCGUUGCUGGUCCAUCGUCUCGUCACUGUGAAGGACGACUUUCAAGGUCGAGCUCCCCGAUUCGGACGGAUUGGAGGACAAGCAUCAGGAGAUCGAGUCCAUCUCUUGCUCCGAAGAAACGCUUUCCACCUCCGACGAAGGGCAGGAGGCCCAGGCGGUGGAGUGCAUAAGGGAUAUGAGACCGAAAAUUGAAUUAGGGUGAUGCAGCGGCAGCUCCGGUAGAGCAAGACGUCGGUUUUGCAGGAGCGAGGAAGUUGGCGUUGUGAACUAUGGCAUCGCAGUGGAAGCAGAGGAAAGCGUCGUCGGUUUUGCAAUAAACGUCUGGUGCUCCG